AUGUCAAACUUAAAAAUUUUAGUUGGCUGCAAAAAAGUUAUAGAUUAUGCCAUGAAAAUUCGUGUAAAUUCUUCAAAAAACAAUUCUUUUGGUUUAAUAUGGGCUCGAAGACAAUCAAAUCAAUCACAUCAAACACCAACACCAGCAACUGUACAAGUACCACUUUCAAUCAAAAGGCCUAAAAGACCUAAAAAAUCAAGUUCUGAAUCAUUGGACCCUAAAACAAAAAAAAUUCUUAAAGGUUUAUCACUUGUUGGUGCAGGUACAGGGAUAUUUUUUAUAGCAUACUCAGGUCGGCCUUUUGAAACAGAUAGAGAGAAUCAAUAUAAAGAUUUAGGUUCUUUCACAGCAUGGUAUAAACGAGUAGAAGCACGCAAUAGAGAUCUUUUCCAUUUUUUCACAGAACCUCCAUCAGAUAAAUUAUUGCCAGAUAAAGAUGUAACAAAUAGUCCACCACUUACUCUAGUAAUAAAUUUAGAUCAAACACUUAUCUAUUCCAGUUGGGAUAGGGAACAUGGUUGGCGUACUGCAAAACGUCCUGGCUUAGACUUUUUUUUAUUUGUCAUAUCUAAUUUAUAUGAAGUGGUUUUUUUCACUUCUCAACCUUCUCAUGAUGUUUCCAAGUUAAAUCGAGAUAUUUCCAAGGUUAUAAUAAUGGAUUCUAAUCCUGACUCUUAUUCAUUACAACCUGAGAAUGCAAUUACUGUACCUCCUUGGAAGGGCGACCCUAAUGAUACAUUUUUGAUUGACAUCAUACCAUUUCUUGAAUGUUUAGCCAAUAUAGCUUCAUAUUUAGGUGGUUCACAUAUGCAAGAAUCAAUGGUACCACCAUAUGAACAAAAAUUUCAUGAAAGGCAAAGUUUAAAUAAGCAUCUUCAUGAACAAUUUAAAUCAUUGAAAGAACAAGCACCAGAAGCUCAAAAAAGAUGGAAACAGGAUUUAGAAAAUUAUGAAAAACAAUUUAAUGAAAGUAUGAAAGAACAAAAAAUGACAAUUUGGCAACUUGCAACUAAA